CCACGUCACUGUUUUAAACAACUCCCACUUUUCCUCAGUUGGACCAAGAUUCACAGUACACCAACGGGAUAAAGAGCUGAACUCACUGGUUUAAUCAUGAUGACUGGAUUUAGACUAAAUUUAUCGCCAUUGAAGGAACCUUUAGGUUUUGUCAAAGUUGUGGAAUGGCUCACAGCCAUAUUUGCUUUUGGGAGCGUUGGAGGUUUCUCAGGGACCAAUAUCAUCACCCUCUUAUGUGGAGAUGGGAAGAACGAGACUCUUAGCGCUAACUUUCACUACCCAUUUAGGUUAUCCCAGAUCCCCUUGGUUCCCUCAAACACCAGUAUUUGUAACCACUCUGUGGCAGCCACAUACUUGGUGGGGGACUCAGCCUCUGCCUCUGAGUUCUUUGUUGGGACUGGUGUUGUUUGUUUCCUGUACAGUAUGGCCGCCCUGCUGGUCUAUCUGGGAUACAUGCACGUCUACAAGGACUCUGACUUUGGACCCAUUUUUGACUUUUUGCUGACUGCGAUCCUGGUCUUUCUGUGGUUGGUGUGUUCUUCUGCCUGGGCUAAAGGCCUGCAGAACGUGAAAGACGCCACAAACUCAAAUGGCAUCAACAACACUCUGGCUCUAUGCAAAGGGAACAACGUCACUUGCUCUGUCACUGAGUUCGCCAACCUCCGAAGCCUCAACUUUUCUGUGGUGUUUGGGUUCCUGAACAUGUUUGUGUGGGCUGGUAACGCUUGGUUUGUUUACAAAGAGACACGCUGGCACUCUCAGAAGUUCUCCCAGCCUGGACCAGGGCAUCAGCAAGUCCCCGCACCUAUAUAAGACAAUACAAAUAAAGAUUCACAACAUGCCAUAAGCCAUCUAUGAAGCUGACAAUAUGGAAUUUCAACUUUGUUUUAAAACACAAUGUUUUUUUUGCAUACAAUUAUUUGGGGAGGGAAAAAUAUCAGGGAUAGGUCAGUUUAUAUGAGAUGGAGGUUGGUGGGAUACGAUAACAAAUAAUGUGUCUUAACAGUUCAUUUAAGUAUGUAUAGUAUAUGGAUGCACCUAGGACUGCACAAUUAAUCACAAUCUAAUCUAAAUCGCAAUUAGAAAUGCAUGGGAUUCUUGUAUUAGUUUAUGAGUUCAAAUUUCAGUCUUCUCUCAGAUGUGAAUGCUUCUGGAGUUGUUUAUAAUGUGUGCACUCUGAACAGAAUCCUGCUUUUUAAAAAUAUAUUGCAAAUCUAAUCACAAUCUCAAUUUGAUUUUUUCCCAAAAUCGUGCAUCCCUAGAUACAACCAGCCUUUACUAUUAGUAGUGGGUUGGACAAUAUUUCUUCUUUACAUGUGUAGAUUUGUUGACUGAAUUUGUUAUGCUUCAAAUGAUGAAUGAACAUGUGAAGAGAAGUGAAGCAAUGUUACCAUGUUCAUAUAAUAUUUUAGAUUUUGUACAUUUUAAAACUUGAUUUUCAUUCAUGGCAUCAUUUCCCUCUAGUGGCAGUUAGCAUUUAUUGCAAAAACAAGUUUCUGUAGUCUACUUGAUACAAACUGCCUACCAAUCUUGUAAUGUGAAUCUAUCAUUUCACUUAAGUGAGUGAGGAGCUACUAUAAGCCUAUCCAAAGAAAUGUUGGCCCUAGGGUCAGUCAUUUGUCAGUUUUCACUGAAGUAUUCAAGCGCAUAGGUUUAGCCAAGGUUUUAUCUUUUCUUUUCAUCCUUUCUGUCUCUUAAGUAUGUAGUCACUAGGUGUCAGUUACAGAAGAAAUCUUUGAAUGUAAUAGUUUAUUUUUCAAAGGUAUUACUCAUGAUUGUAAAGAAAUGAAAUGCCAAAGGAGCGUGUUUGUGAAUGACUUUUCAUUGAUUUUUCUAGUUUUGUUUUUAAAUUCAUAAAUGUGUCAAAAUUGUUUUUGCAAGCUAGCUGUAUUUUAAAAUAUUACUUUUCUAUUCUAUUGACUGUUCCGUUUGUCAUUUCUGUUUUGCUGUAUGGAAAUCCUAUAAAUCAUGUGGCAUACACCUUCAGCACUGUGCCUUAUUCUUUCACAUUUAACCUCCUUGUGUCUUGGUAAUUUGUAAUGCAUAAUAUGUAAAGUUUGUUUUUCAAUAAAAUAUUCUUCAUCUGUU